AUGGCUACAAUAUUCGACCUUGGCGAAAACGACUGCUAUACUCUUCCAGGGGAAUGGCGUCAUAUGGAUCGGUUAUAUUCAGACAGUAUACGUCGAGAUGUUGUCGAGAAUCCUGAGAUUCUCCAAGUUCGAUCUGACGAUUGUUUUGUUGUAACGUAUCCCAAAUCGGGAACAACAUGGACAUUGGAAAUGACUCGGCUGGUCAUGAAUUAUGGGGUCACGUCAACAAAACAACACAACAUACUGCCAUUUUUGGAAUUGAAAGUCGACAAGAAAUCGCGGGACAGCACACUAUAUGACGGUUUUUCAAUGACAGAGAAAAUGGAAUCAUCGCGGCUAGUGAAGUCGCAUUUACCGGUCGGCGCGUUAACAAAGGACUUAUUCACCGAAGGAUGUAAGAUCAUAGUCGUUGCACGAAAUCCAAAAGAUGUCGCCGUAUCUUUCUACUAUUUUUAUAAAUCCGAGAAAGAAUCAUUUGGGGAUUAUGAUGGUGACUUUCACCACUUUCUACGAAUGUUCAUGAACGGCAAAGUAUUGUACGGAGAUUGGUUUACACACGUGCUGGAGUGGUGGCAGUGCUGUCGGGAUAAUAAGAACAUAUUAUUUCUCAAAUAUGAAGAUAUGAAAAAGGAUCCAAGAUCAGCGACCGCGAGAAUUGCCGAUUACCUAGGGUAUGACUUAAAUGAUGAUGUAAUUGAUAAAAUAACAGAACACUGUUCGUUCAAGAACAUGAAAAAAGCACCGGCGAUAGAAUCAACAGUAAGAAAAGGGAUUGUUGGCGACUGGAAAAACUAUUUCACUGUAGCUGAAAAUGAGGCCUUUGAGAGGAUUUACAACGAAAAAAUGAAAGGCACAGGCUUAUCGUUUGAGUGGUAG